AUGCAGAGCUCUACUUCCACACAAACCAUCCGCCAGGAGGAUGAAGAAUGGCCCCUGCAUGCAACACAGGAACCAACAGACUACACUUCUAAUAUACCAUCUCAACCACGAUUAUCAACUGCUGCUGAUGAUACACCAAUUGUAGGUUCUACACAGCCUGUUAUUGACGAGGCUGGUCUCGUGACUCCGCGGGUCAACCCGCCAACUCCUGCGGGUGAAAAUAUCCAGGGCUCUACGGGUACAAAAUUUUCUACGGGUUCGCAACUCCGACCUCUUUCAUUCAUGGGCAACCGUUUCCCGAUCCCGCUACCUUUAAAUGGCAAAAAUAGUGGUAACCCGGGCUCUUCUGAGCCUACAAGGCCUUUGGCAGGCUUGGGCAUUUCUACAGGCCAUCUCAAUUCUGCAAUGGACCAGACACAAGAUCAUAUUGGACCUACUAAAUUUGGGGAUGUGAUGAGGAAAGAAUUGGUUAGUACACGGGAUGAUGACAGCCAUUAUUUAGACGCUAUUGAUAGCGAAUCCAACCUCACAAGUCCAUUAAGAACUAGAUCCAUUGGAAACUCACGAGCCAAUUCAAAAAAAAGUUAUCCAUCAAAUACCCAUAUCAGUAAUCAUUUAAAUAGUAAUACCACCCAUCAGGAUCAUAUAAAUACACGAGGCUAUUUGAAUUCACCAGAAUUGGGGAAUUCUAGCCCACAAUCAUGGCUUGAUGAUCCUACUUUUUCUACUCAGUCAAGAAAUAACAUCCAAGACUUAGAUUCAAAAAACGACAUACAUCACACACCAAUUGUCAAUUCCACAAAACAAGUCUCUAGAAAAGUUUCUAUUCAAACUCCUACACAAUCUUCCAAACAAAUAUCAAGACAAAAUUCAUUUCAAAACUCUACUCCAAGACAAAGAUCACCCUCCAUGCUUUCCAUCCAUUCCAACAUCAACGUUAAUAAUCAAUUACCAGGAAUUUUUCCAACCACUAGUACUUCUACAAGUGUCUACAGUUCCCCUGAUAUACCUGUAGAGACUGCGACUGAUUUACAUAUGUUUCACCAAAAGACAAAUAAUACAUUAACUACAGUAACUACUGCUGGUAAUACAAUUGCUACUGCAUUUAUUCAAGAUGAUUCCUCAUUCUUAGAUGAAACGAAGGAUACUUUUUAUUUAGAUCCUAAAAACUCAAACCAUUCUCGUGAUACAUCGUAUAUUUCUAAAGAACCAAUACUGGAAAAUACAAUGGAAGAUGAAACUAUCAUUUCAAGCACCACCAGGUCAAUCUCUCAAUUGAAUUUAUCCGAUUCAAAUUUAUCAUACCUUUUCAUAUUAGCCAUACAUUCAUUCAAUUCAGAAUCAUUACAAAACCCUGAUGAUAUCGAAAUUUGCCUGUCAUUUGAAAAAAAUGAUCUUGCAUUUGUACACACUGUAGACGAAUCUGGUUGGGGUGAAGUCACUUUAGUUAAAAACGGUUUACGAGGUUGGGUACCUUUCAAUUAUUUCUCUGAUUCUAUUAAAUCCACUUCCAAGAGUGUUAUACCACCUAAUAUUUCAUCCUCUUCACCAUCAUCAAGAUCUUCAAUUUCAUCAUCAGAUUUAAUAGAAUCAAGAGCUCCUUUAGAACCAUUAUUAAAUUCAUGCGCGAGAUUUUUAUUAUCUCCAAAUGAUCUUGAAUUCAAACCUAUUCCUAACCAUUUUACUUUCAAUAUCAAUUAUAUCAAUGCAAUUAGAGACGGUGUGAAACAUUUAUUAGAAUCUACAAAUUGUGUAUCAAGAUCAAAUGAAAUGGUUCAAUUAAAUCCACAAAUCCGUAGAUCUAGAAAAAAAUUAUUAGCUGAUUGGUAUAAUUUAAUGUUAAAAGCUGAUCAUUAUAAAAAUACUACAUCCGAGAAAAAUAUUACACUUCUAAUCUCUAUGAUCUUUAAAGUAUUACAAAGAUCGAUGGAAUUCUUUAAUACAUGGUCUUUCACAAAGAAAAAUUAUAAUAAGAUUACAUCUCCUCUAACAAAGAAUAAAUCAAAAUCUAAAGCAAAUAAGAAACCAACUUCCACUGACUCCAGAAACUCCAUACCAUAUCUUAACACCCCACCAAAUGCAAUGGCAAGAUUGCAUGAAAUAUAUGAUAUGCUAUUCUCUUAUAUUGGUAUUAUUAUGGGCAGAUUAGAUAUGAUUGAAUUCAAUCCGAAGGGAUGUGAAUAUUUAGAAAUUAUGACCCAUCAAUUGAUUAUAUUGUUAAGAGAAUUAAUUUUUAUUAGUAAAUCGUGUUCUGCUAUCAUUGAACAGAAAUAUAAAAAUGAAUAUGAGAAUAAUUUAGAGAAAAGUUUAGAUCCAUUAUUAACUUACGUCUCAGAAUUAGUUUCAUGUGUGAAAUUCUUAAUUACCGAAUCAUUGCAAUAUAAUCUUUCAAAUACGAAAAACACUCUCAAAAAAAUUAAUGAACAAAAUUAUAUUUACUCUAACCAAGGUGAACGUCUUUUAAAUAUUUUAUCACAUAUGCUAAUUUUAAUUACCACCUCAGUAACUGGUUGUAAUAAUUAUUUAUUGCUAAUUGGGGAUUUCACUUUGCAUAACGAUAGAAAAUAUCCAGAUUUCAAACAAAUUAGACUAACCCCAACGGAAUUUAUACAAAACUGUUCUAAAAAUCUAAUAAAAGAUAUUUUAAAGAAUCCUACCUUAUACGAUAAGUUUCAAAGUAUAUCAAAUAAUAAGACAGACACAAUUAGAGCCACGUCAUCAAUAUACAGUGGAGAUACUCCAAACGCUUAUAAGUCAUCAGCAAGAUUUUCAAGAAUUCGUUCUACAAUGUAUAAUGAUGCUAAUAAUAUGAAUGAAAAUGACUGGGGGCUUACUCAACAAGGUACUCAAUUCCUAAACGAUUUAAUUACCAAUGAUUAUUCGUUUGCGAAUGAUAGCUCCUUUGCUAAAUUUAAAUUAAAUGAUGAAGAAAUGCAAAAUGCUGCUAAUCUAAAUUCUAAUAAUUCAAAUAAUGAAUUGUCUGAGGCAGAGGCUGUUAAUGAUAAAGAGACAAUGCAAGGCGAGAUGCUAUUGAAUAAAAAUGGUGAUAUUAUUGGAGCAUCAUUUAGAGCUUUGGUUUUCAAAUUAACUGACGAAAUGGAUAAAUCCAAUGAUUUUUUUACAGCCACUGUAUUAUUAAACUUUAGAACUUUUGGAAGUUUAUAUGAAUUAAUUGAACUGCUAAUCUCAAGAUUUGAUUUGUCAAACAAGUGUAUCAAUUACGAUUAUGGUGAGACAAAUGGGAAAUUUUAUUCAAAGGCCUCACAAAUUAAGAAUAGACGUAAAUUAGUAGCUAGAAUAUUCCAAAAUUGGAUGGAAAGUUAUUGGGACUAUUCUACAGAUUAUAAACUGUUACCAACUAUGAUUAAUUUCUUCAAUGAAGGAGUAUCUCAAUAUCUACCCGUCGAAUCAAAGAUGCUACUAGAGCUGGCUGCAAAAUUAACCAUUACUGCGUUUAGAACUAGUCAUACGGUCUCUAAAUAUUCAAAAGAGAUUACUUCAUCACAUACUGUUACUAAUGAGUCAUUAGUCACUACUCAUCAAUUAUUACCUAAGGAUAUUCGCCAUUCAAGAACGAAUUCAAUUAUUUCUGAUGUUUCGACUAUUUCAAGCACUAGCUCUCUCAGAUCUAAUGGGUUUUCAUUUGAUGAAGGAAUUAUUGGUAGAUACGAAUUAACUCAUAUUUAUUCUGAAGAUGAUCCAAAUUCCAUGUCUUUGCCCAUGCCGAUAUUGAAUAUUGGGACAUCCUCUCUUUUAACAAAGGUUAAUAUCACUGACAUUGAGAAAACUAUUACAAAGUAUAGAUCUAUUACUGCAGUUGCUUUCCAAGCAGAAAGCAACCAAUCUAAUAUGAUCAAAAGAGUUGAUCUCAAGGGUCUAAUUUCCAAGUGGAAAUUAUUAAAUGAUAAUAACUCUAUACAUCCAAGUGAUUUAAUUUUAAAUAAGCUUUCUCUAACUGAUAUCAACCCAUUAGAAGUUGCAAAACAACUUACAUUAAUUGAAUCUGCACUUCUAAUGAAUGUGCAGGCUAAUGAGUUACUUAAUGAAAACUUUUUAGAGAAAAAGGCUAAAUUUAAAAAGGCUCCUAAUGUUAAUGCAAUCAUUACAUUCACAAAUCAACUUUCAAAUUAUGUCCUGGAUUGUAUCUUAAAUACUGAAAUAUCUACAAGCCAAAGAGUCAGAAGAUUUGAGAAUUGGUUAAAGAUUGCUUUAUCAACUUUAUAUUUCAGAAAUUUCAAUUCUAUUGGAUCGAUUAUGAUUGCGUUACAAAAUCAUGCUAUUUCAAGAUUGAAAUUCAUUUGGGACAAUUUAUCAGAAAAAGAUCAAGAAUUAUAUGAUUAUCUAGCCAGAAUUGUUCACCCUAGCCAUAAUUACAAGGUUUAUAGAAAAAAAUUGAGAAAUUUAAUGGAUGAAUACUUCCCAGGCAAUAUCCAAAUAUCGAAAUCACCCCUUCCAGUUGUCCCAUUUUUUAAUCUAUUUUUACAAGAUUUGACAUUCAUUAAUGAAGGGAAUCCAAAUUACCGUAAUCCUGAUUCGUUUAGGCCUCACAAAUUAAUUAAUAUUGAAAAAUAUUUCCAAAUAACCAAAACUUUAAGUGUUAUUCAAUUUUUCCAAGUAAGUUAUGAAACACAAAGUAACUAUAUCCAAGAUAAUAGCAACACCACCACAGCAAGCUAUCCCUUCUCAGAUAAAUUAGACAUAGACACUAAAUGCAUUUCCCCAAUUCCAUUAUUACAAGAAUUUAUCUUACAUGAAUUUUGGAGAGUCAAUACUUUAUAUAAACAAAAUUCUGAUAGAGCAUACCAAAUGAGUUUAGAAAUAGUUCCAAGAAAUUAG